GCUCCUCAUCUUCUACAUUUCUUUUCCUCUACUUCCUCCCAUCUCUGUUCUUAACUCUCCUUCUGUUUCCCUCUAAUUACAGAAGAAGAGAAAGAGAAAAGAGGUCAUUUCUACAAUGUAUACAAGCCAUUAAACCUUCCAACUUCUUAGAUUAAGUAAAUUCAAAAGGAGACAAGGAGAAGAACAAUAUAUUCUUGCCCUUUUGCCAGAGAAUGUUCUUUACAUAUACAUAGAUCUAGUGUCUGUGUAUUCUUCAAAACCUGUACUCACUCUUUCUGUCUCGUGACUCUCUUCCCAUUUGCUUCUCCCCUGCUUCGGCUCUGUUUUUCUGAAAGAAAAUGGACCGGCUGUCUACAACGACUGUACUUCCGGAUACAUUCCAGGGAGCGAGAGAUGAUUUCUCCAUGCAAAUGGGUUUGAUUUGGGAUCAGAUCAAAGCGCCAUUGAUCGUGCCUCUGCUCAAGCUUGCGGUCGCCAUUUGCUUGAUCAUGUCCUUGAUGCUUUUCAUUGAGAGGGUUUAUAUGGGCAUCGUCAUUGUUCUGGUGAAGCUGUUCGGUCGGAAACCGGAUAGACGGUACAAAUGGGAACCGGUAAAGGAUGAUGUUGAGUUCGGAAACUCAGCAUAUCCGCUGGUUCUUGUUCAAAUCCCAAUGUACAAUGAACGAGAGGUUUACCAGCUUUCAAUUGGAGCUGCAUGUGGCCUUUCAUGGCCGUCUGACAGAAUAAUCAUCCAAGUUCUUGACGAUUCAACCGACCCCAUAAUCAAGGACAUGGUGGAGCUUGAGUGCCAGAGAUGGGCGAGCAAAGGAAUCAACAUUAAGUACGAAAUAAGAGACAACAGGAAUGGAUACAAAGCAGGGGCGCUCAAGGAAGGGAUGAAGCACAGCUACGUGAAGCACUGUGAUUACGUCGCCAUUUUCGACGCCGAUUUUCAGCCUGAACCUGACUUCCUCUGGCGAACCAUCCCUUUCCUCGUUCACAACCCCCAACUGGCUCUGGUUCAGGCUCGUUGGAAAUUCGUGAAUGCUGAUGAGUGUUUGAUGACAAGAAUGCAAGAGAUGUCCUUGGAUUACCAUUUCACAGUGGAACAAGAAGUAGGAUCCUCCACUUAUGCCUUCUUUGGAUUCAAUGGGACUGCUGGGGUAUGGAGAAUUUCUGCUCUUAAUGAAGCAGGAGGAUGGAAGGAUAGGACCACUGUGGAGGAUAUGGACUUGGCUGUCCGAGCCAGUCUCAAGGGCUGGAAAUUCCUUUACCUUGGCACCCUCAAGGUGAAGAAUGAAUUGCCAAGUACUCUGAAGGCCUACCGCUAUCAACAGCACCGCUGGUCUUGUGGUCCUGCUAAUCUCUUCAGGAAAAUGUUGAUGGAGAUUAUUAGAAACAAAAAAGUAACCACAUGGAAGAAGAUACAUGUGAUCUACAGCUUCUUCUUCGUCAGGAAGAUUAUUGCCCACGUCGUUACCUUUAUCUUUUAUUGUGUUGUGUUGCCCGCAACCGUCUUGGUUCCUGAAGUUGAGGUGCCCAAGUGGGGAGCUGUUUAUAUUCCUUCUAUCAUUACCAUUCUCAAUGCAGUUGGCACUCCAAGGUCACUUCACUUGAUGGUAUUCUGGAUCCUAUUUGAGAAUGUCAUGUCUCUGCAUCGAACUAAAGCUACAUUCAUUGGCCUGCUAGAGGCAGGUCGAGUGAACGAAUGGAUUGUCACUGAGAAACUUGGUGAUGCUCUCAAGGCCAAACCAGCCACUAAGGCACCUAAGAAGCCUCGUUUCAGGUUUGGAGAAAGACUACAUUUGCUGGAACUUGGUGUUGGAGCUUUCCUCUUCUUCUGUGGUUGCUAUGAUCUCACAUUCGGAAAAAAUCAUUACUUCCUCUACCUCUACCUCCAAUCAAUUGCCUUCUUCGUCAUGGGAUUUGGAUAUAUUGGCACAAUUGUUCCCAACUCUUAGCCGCAACCCCUGACUCCAAGCUGGCAUUUUGUUCAAAUUUUUUUACAAGUUUCUCAUCAUGAACCCUGGUCAUCUUCCCCUUCAUCAACACAGUAUAUGUGAUGAUUAUAGUGAACUUUUUUCUUGCAUAUUUACCUUGUAUAAAAAGGAAGAGAAAAACAUCAACAACAAAAAAAGGUCAUUCUUUUAGGAACUCGAGUCUGGGACUCAAUACAGGAUAGUUCCUUUGUGAAUAGUCCAAGAAAGUGAAGGAAAAUACAGAAGAAAAUGUUAUGAAAAGAACUACAUAGAAGAAGAUAAGGAGCAAGUGAAGGCAGCUUUUGGGUUUAGACUAUAGACCCAGGUAGAUAGAUAAAGAGAAAGAUUUCGGAGUGGAUUGUUGUUUGUAUUUGUUGGGGGUCUUAACUUUCAUAUAUUUUUUUCUUUUACCUAUUAUGCUUGGGAUUUGUUUAAUGGUGGGAAUAAAAUGGUUGGGAGCUGGUAAAUUUCUUUAUCAACUCAAGUGAUUUUUUUUUUUACAUCAAAGAAAAUAAUAUAAGUGAUUAUUCUGUCUUUGCAUCUUGCCUAUGACUUGAAUGUUAAGUACCAUCUCUCUUGAAGCUUCAACACCACCGUACCAUCAAGACUGUUUGAUUUGAGCCUGUUUGGUGUAAAAGAUCAAUGAAGAAUUAGCUCUUAC